AUGGAGACCGUUCUAGUGGUCGGAGCAACUGGCAACAUCGGCGUAUCAGCCGUCAAGGCGGCCCUGCGUUCGAAGCGCAGUGUGCUGGCCGUAGUCCGGAACCAAGCUUCAGCUGACAAGCUCACCAAGCACGUCGGGUCAUCCGAGGGCAUCACCUUCGUCGAGGCCAACGUCGCAUCCGAUUCCGGAGUGAAAGGCGUCGUUGACAAGGUCCGAGCCGGCAAGCUACCGGCCUUCCAACAUGUGUGGUCUUCCGUGGGCGGGGAUUAUACAACCAUUCCCCUUGCCGAGAUCACCACCGACCGCUUGCGCUACAACAUGAACCACGGCUUCGAGGCCAACUUCUUUGCCUACCGCGACACCAUCGGCUACCUGCUCGAGCAAAACCACCCCUCCAGCACGUGGACCAUCUGCACGGGAGCGCAAGGCGACCUGGCACUCUUCCCCCUCCCGGCCAUGACGCAGGGCGCCCUGUUCCCGUUCUGCAAGGCCGCCGGGCGCGAGAACCUGGAGACCAAUGUGCGCUUCAACGAGGUGUACCUCGCGUUCCGGGUCGAGGUGGACGAGGCCGCCGCGCAGCAUGGCGUUACGAGCGCCACGGAGUUCUCGUAUGUUUACGAGCAGGUCCUGGGCAGGCCCGAUGUUCGCAGUUCGCGCGUCCGUGUUGAGGGUGUCGAGGACAUCAAGGAGUUGAGAUUUGAGAAGAGGGUCUGA